GAGAGCAGCGGAAAGGAGCUCCUCAACACAAACAAUGCAGCGAGCCGGCUACGGUAGAGGGAAGACUCCUCGGAGGCCUGGCCCCAAGAAGGCAUCCAACAUAGAUAAAGAUCCUGUGGGAGUGUACUGCCGUAUACGCCCACUUGGAGGAGAAGAUGAAGAGUGUUGUGUUGAGAUGAUCAGCAGCUCCACGAUUCAGCUGCAUGCUCCUGAUGGUCUCAAAGCCAACCGUAAUGGGGAAUACAAGGAGACACAGUACUCCUUCAAAAAAGUAUUUGGCAUUAAUACCACUCAAAUGGAGCUCUUUGAGGAUAUUGCCAAGCCCCUGGUAGAGGACCUCAUUCAUUGUAAAAAUGGUCUGCUGUUUACAUAUGGUGUUACUGGAAGUGGUAAGACCUUCACCAUGACCGGCUCACCUGGCGAAGGUGGACUCCUCCCCCGCUCUCUAGACAUGCUCUUCAACAGCAUUGGCCCCUUUCAGGCCAAAAGAUUUGUGUUCAAACCAGAUGACAAGAAUGGUUUGGAGAUCCAGAGUCAAGUUGAUGCUCUCCUGGAGCGACAGAAGCGAGACAGUCAGCAGUCUGUGCCAAAAACGCCCUCUUCCAGGCAGAAGGCUGAUCCAGAGUUUGCAGAUAUGAUCAGCUCAGAGGAAGCCUGUAAGUCUGACAGCGUCGAUGAAGACUGCUGUUACAGCGUGUUUGUGUCCUACAUCGAGAUCUACAACAACUAUAUCUACGACCUCCUUGAAGAUGCUCCAUUCGACCCAAUCAGACCAAAACCACCUCAAUCCAAGAUUCUGCGUGAAGAUCAGAAUCAUAACAUGUAUGUCGCUGGAUGCACAGAAGUCGAGGUGAAAUCAACAGAGGAGGCUUUUGAAGUCUUCUGGAAAGGGCAAAAGAAAAGGAGGAUCGCCAACACUCAGCUCAAUCGUGAGUCCAGCCGCUCCCACAGUGUGUUCACAGUGAAGCUGGCACAAGCUCCUCUUGAUGCUGAUGGAGAUCACAUACUGCAGGACAAAAACCAGGUGAAUGUGAGCCAGCUGUGUCUGGUUGACCUGGCAGGCAGUGAACGCACCAGCAGAACCAGAGCUGAAGGAAGCCGCCUCCGUGAAGCAGGUAAUAUCAACCAGUCCUUGAUGACUCUGCGCACAUGUAUAGAAGUGCUACGUGAAAACCAGAUGUGUGGAACUAAUAAGAUGGUGCCGUACAGGGACUCCAAAGUUACACAUCUUUUUAAAAACUACUUCGAUGGUGAAGGAAAAGUCAGGAUGAUCGUGUGCGUCAACCCAAACGCCGGUGAUUAUGAAGAAACUAUGCUGGUGAUGCGCUUUGCAGAGAUGACCCAGGAGGUGGAAGUUGCGCGGCCAGUUGACCGACCCAUAUGUGGCCUUGCUGCAGGGCGCAGAUACAGAAAUCAGGCAUUUAAAGAUGAGUUGUCACGUCGCCUGGAAGAACGAGGAGGUCCAAGUAAUGCCGAUGACCCGGCUCUUGUAAAUCACCUCAUAGAAAGUCUUCCAGCUCUGCCUGGUUGUGAGCUGGUGGACCCAGCUGAUGACCAGACGCUUCCCCGACUGAUUGAGGUUCUGGAAAGGAGGCAUCGUGUCCGUCAGAUGAUGUCAGAACAGUUCAACAAAACUGCCAAUUCGCUGAAGUCCAUGCUUCAACAGUUUGACAGUCAGCUCAGUGCAAAGGACACCUUCCUCCACGAACAACAAAACAAACUGAGCGAGAAAGACAAACUGAUCCUCAACCAGAGGUCAGAGAUAGAGCGAUUGGAGAAGAAGUCCAAAACGCUGGAAUAUAAGAUUGAUAUCCUGCAAAAGACAACAGGCAUGUAUGAGCAGGACAAACGCUCUCUUCAGCAGGAGCUGGAGACGCGAGAGCAAAGACUGCAGAGAGAGCUGUCAGAGAGGAGGCGCAUGGAGCAGCGCAUGCAGGGCAUGGUGACAGACACCAGACUGAAGUGGGAGAAGGAGUGUGAGCGGCGAGUCAACGCCAAGCAGCUGGAGAUGCAGAACAAGCUGUGGGUGAAGGAUGAAAAGUUGAAGCAGCUUAAAGCCAUCGUGACGGAGACCAGCAGCACCAGCAGUGGUGGUGGUGGUGGCGGUCCAAGUGAACGUCCAGAGAAGCCUGAGAGGCCGGCCAGGGAAAGAGAUCGCAACAUGGCCCAGAAGAGGUCUGCUUCACCGUCACCGCAUCCUGACUUCAGCCAAACUCCCUCCCGCCAAAAUCGAGCCAGUGUUAGGGCAGUUCAGGACCCUCUCCCCACCUCCACCCCCUCCUCCUCCUCAUCCUCCUCCUCUUCAGCCUAUCCUUCAGUAGCCUCCUGCAUCUCUGAGUGGGAGCACAGGUUCCCUGUAGAUUCGAGCAGCCAGACUAGGCACCCUGGGACUCCCCAGUACAGGAGCCGGACCCCUGCUCCGUACUACGGCGCCAGCAGCGUGGGUCGCAGGAGAGGCCAGCGCUGGGCUGCAGGCACUGAGGCCCCUGCUGCCACUCUUGUCUAUGGGCUAGACCUAGAGGCAGGCACAAGGACGGCUCCUCCGGUUCGUCCGACGCACAGACGCUCACAGUCUGCGGGUGGGGAGAAAUGGGUAGACCACAAACCAGCCUCUAAUUUGGACCUAGACACUGUCAUGCAGCCAAUCAUACCCAAUGCAAUCAAGGUGUCGACCCCCAGCGAGAAAGCUCUGUCUAAAUGCCACAAGUACGUGCUUAGACAUCAAGAGCUCGCCUCGGACGGGGAGAUCGAGACCAAACUGAUCAAGGGGAAUGUUUUUAAAACCAGAGGUGGAGGACAAGCUGUGCAGUUUACCGACAUUGAGACACUAAGACAGGAGUGUCCAACAGCACCAAGGAUGAAGUAA